AGCAUCUUGAAGAAAUUUUCUUAUUCUUUACCGAAGACCAUGCCUCGCAAAGCUAUGAAAGUCAUAGUUGAAUUGGAUAUUCAUACAGUAAGGAUUUAUCGUGGUUUUCAAAGUAAUUUCAGCGACAUUUUUGUUCGUUGCUAACGACGCUAGACGAAUGCAAGAGAUCGCAAUGCUUCGAUCGAAUUCUGUGGUGACCUGAUUCAUAAUCUUUCUACUUUCUUUUAUCUUAUAGGUUACAUGUCCUGGUACUUUUUUACGGGACUAUGGUUAUGUUUAUCUCAAAGUUAACUGCAUGGGUUUAGAAGUAAACACAAAAUCUGUAGCUCCAACUUUUCCAUUGUUCUUUCACGAACGCUUACGUUUCGAAAGGGUAAGCUAUGUAUAACAGCUGAUAUUUUUAUCCGGGAGUUCUUUUUUAGUUUUCAUUAUCAACGAAGGUUUUCUUUCUUUAUUUUUAAGGUUUUUAAGAGCUGUCAAGAUCCUGCUUAUGUCACCGUUCAUCUAAAAGGUAGCUUUUAAAAUUGUGUCUUGUUGGUGUGUGUACUGUAAUUUGAUCGAAGCAUUCCGCCAUAUUUGUUAGUGUAGCGCCAUGCACAGAUAAAGAAUUUAGCUUACCGAAAACUACGUUUAUUUUCACAAAUAGGUGAAGAUGUGUUGGUAGAGUUAAGGCAGCAUGAUGACUAUAUUUCAGGUAUGUAGACAAUUAUUUUUAAGCUUUCAAAUUCUGCCUCCAUUCAGUUUUGAUUUCACAUGCUUUAAGUAAUUCAAGCCAAGAAUUUCUCUCAGUUGUGUACGGCAAAAAUAUGUGAAAAAUAUGUUUACAUUAUUACUGUACCUAAAUUAUUCAAAAUGCUAUUCCUACUAAACUAAAGUGUGUUACAUUUUUUCCUGAAAAACUGUUCUCAACGCCAAUAUAUGCAGCACGAAGUAAGCUUAGAAAUUAUGGGAAAUUUUGGUCACGCGUUUGACGCGCUCUCAGUGUGUGCACGAAGAGCACAGGAAUUUAUCGUUUUUGGUUAUGGCCCCUGCAGCUAAGAAGUUUUUAACCUUGCUAAAAGUAAUUUCAAUGCAAACUUUAAUUACUUAUUGUCUGAAUGAAAACCGCAAAACCUGUUUUAUUGUUUUGAAUGAGUUCACAGCAACCGGUGAAAAAUCCCAAAAGGUCGAAAAUCACUCGAGCCCGAUGAAGAAUUUCUGUUUGAGUUGCUAAAAAUUUUUCUUAUAGAAUAACUGAAAAUUUCCUCCCCUUGUUGUCAGAUGUCGUUUGCAUGAGGAUAGUAAGUUGUAAUAUCAAUGAAAGUUAUUGUUUUGGUUUGGAUGAUUCAAAGUAUUAGUGUAAUAUAAAUUAUUUCUUUGUUCCUUCGGUUGACCGAACACAUCCAUAUACAUUUCGUAUUUUUAAAGAGUUAUUUGUUGAAGAUGAAAGGGAUUUUCAAGAAGCUUUUGACGUGUUGUUCCUUUUUUCUUGUUUUGCUAUGUCCCUUCCGUUUGUUUGAAACAAAUAAGGUUGAAUAAUGCUGCGAUCGAGUGAUCAAAAUUUGAUGAAGAGUUAAAACAACAGAUAUACUGUACUGUACAGAAAGAUGUUUGAAUAAUUAGUUGUACAUAUACACGUAUUGCGCAAUACUUAAUACUGACAGUUUCUGAUAAAAUAAAUAAGAUAAUAUAAUGCUAACCAAAAGACAGAGAUGGAUCACAGGAUAACAGUUAUUGUCACCUAACAUUCACAUGCAUAAACAUUCAAAUGAUUGCCUGUUUAGAGUUGAAGCUUUUGAGGCUAUCUUGGUGUGUACAGUGGGAAAUAUCAUGUGACAUAUUCCAUUCCUUUAAAAAGAUAUCAAGAUAGCAUCAAAAGCUUGAGCAAAAUAAGCAUUUUUAAUAUAUUUUUAUGUUAAUUCUGUUAGUUGUAAAAAUUAUCCUUCCCUUGUGGGCAUGUCAAUGAGCGACGAAAAUUAUAUAUAUUCUGUCAUUCCGAAUUAAUGUUUGCUUGUGAAACAAACUAAGAAUUUGUCAUUGAUACUACAGACUACUUAGAACAUUUUGAACACUAAGAAUUCUAAACACAGUAGAAUUAAUGUGCAUUGUUAAAAGGUUGGAUAUUUUAAGGUUCAUUUCAUAUGUUGCAUGCAUGCAUACAGUUUACACAAACAUUAUUUUUUGUUUAGAUGGGUAUGUUAUAGGUCACUAUGCCAACAAUGCAAGAGAUUUCUUGUACCCAGCAGUUCCACCCUAUCCAGGCUCUGGCCGGGAGCUGACGCUGUUCAAAACAUCCCUUUUCAACCCAAUUAGGAUUACAGUAAGUAUAAAGCAAUUUUGACGGGAAGUCUAAGACAGCAAAGCUUUAUAAAAGCCUCAAAGGCCUCGAUCCCUAUUUCAUUGUAAGAUAUGAGGCAUACAGGAACAUCAACAAACAACAACUCUGCAUAUAUCUCACUCUUUUUUGUACAUUUCCUUGCCGUUGUUGCACAAAUACAAUGUGAAAAUUCCUAAUUUCAUGUUUCAAUUUUCUUUUUUGCACUUGUAUAUAGUCCUUGAGGAUCUAACUCCAGAAAAAUUCACCACCAUUUGGCAAAUUAAAUGAGAUGGAACAACAUGGAUGAAGUUAAUUGCAAUACUGAGAAAAUUUGCUUUUUUAGUGAUGUUUUCAUUGCCUGUGGUUGCCAUCGAAGUUCUAGUUAUAACAUGUACAUGCAUUUAUUUAGCAACCAUGACAGGGACAGCAAUAAGAACAUCAAAAAAGCCAUUAUAUUGUUAAUAGGUUUAAUUUUAAUCAAUUAGUAAAGCAGUAAUUUGUAUGUUCGUCACACUUUAAAUAAUGUCUUUCAUCACUGUCAGCUGCAGUUUAUUUAAAAAUUCUUUAUGCAUUAUUUUAUGGAAAAUGUCAACAUACAACAACCUUGAUAAUGUUUAGACUACGAGUAGUCCCCCAUUUUUUCUCAGGGAUAGUAAGGCGAGCGAAACACAAGCGCGCAUGAAAAUCACCCCACGCGAGAAAAGGCGACACGCGGUGGGGAGGAGCGUGCGCUCACGUUUCGCUCGCCUUACUAUCCCUGAGAAAAAAUGGGGUACUACUCGUAGUCUAGAUAAUGUUUGUCUUUUUGAACUUGGACGCAUUGGAAAUGGUGGAAAAACUGUUAUUUUGUUUGCAUGUGUAUAACAAAAAUUUUUUUUAUUAGAAGUGAGGGUUUCAUUGCUCAAGCUCCCUAAAUUAAAUUCAUUUACAACCACUGGGAUACCGGACUGUGGGGUUCUUCAUUGCAUGGGACAAAUAAGCCAAUAAAUUAUCCAAAGAAAACUAUAGCUUGGGAGGUGUAGCAAAAGGUCAGUUUUGAAUUAUUAAAACUCAUACUUGGCACUGACGCUGACAGGUAUUAAAAAAAAGAGAAAAUGUAUGAUUCAGCGAUUAUAUUGACAUUUCAUUUCUUUUGUUUUAUUCCCCUCAAUCUCAGAGCCAAGUAAGAAUUUUAAUAAUCCAUAAAUGACCUGUUUGAAGGGAGCUCUCAAUCAACAAAAUAUGAUAGUAUAAUGUAAUGAUUAUUUUAGGUGUUCAUUUACCUGCAGCAACUUUUUUUGUUACUUCUACGAUAGGGUCAACCAUUAAGACUUGAGUUUUCUACUAAAACCACCAUCAAAGAAGUACCAGACGCCAUUGACUAUGCAUCUUCGGUAAGACUGCCAUCUUACAGUAAAAGAUAUGCAAUUUUUUGGCACUUAGUGACGUACACAAGGUUGCCUCAGAUUUUGCACAACUGUAAAGACUGGUCUCUAGUUUUCAAAUGAUUUUUAUAUGCAUAAUUGUUACUAAUACACUUGGAAAAUUUUUUCUACAAUAUACCGUAAAAUUCUGAAAACAAGCCCUGGGGAUUAUAAAAUUUUUUCAAAGUCCCUUUUUGAGGGGCUUAUUUUUGGAGGGGCUUAUGUAUGGAGGGAAAUUUGUGUUUCAAAAUUGAUUGGGCUAUUGUAUUGGGAAGGAAAUUUACCAUUUUUGCUUUGUUUUACUUUGUAUUCGAGGGCAAAUUCCAAGUACAAGCCCCCCGGGGGGCUUUUAUUCAGAGGGGCGAUUUAAUGGAGGGUUUCUUUCAUUGCGAUUUUGGGGAGCUUAUAUUUGGAAGGGCUUUUAUCUGGAAAUUUACAGUAUUAUUAGUACCAUGCUAUGGUAAAAUUUCAAUUCAAAAUUAUACUGCCAGCUUAUGUUAAUUCUGUCCUUUUAAUUGAGCACUAAACUUUAAUCCUCAAUUACACCUCAAUUACUUUAAUCGAAAAGCUCUUUGGCAGGGCCUCUUAAAGAUCCUCUCUCUUUGUUUACAUCCAAGUAUUAAUUUUUUAUGUACAAUCAUUGCAGUAAAGCACCUGUUCUUGACCUUUUUCCAGUUUACACUCAGUAUGAUAUAUUUUUGUAUAAAACAAGAUGGUUGCAUCUCUGUUCUGUCUCCUGCCUAAAAGGUGGCCACACUUAGUAUAGAGCAUUAAUGGUUAGGGAGCUGCACUGUCACCACACUGUCUUGAUUUGAAGGGCAUUGACCGGCGACACGUACUUUACAUAAAUUUUGUCUCCUUGAGUCCUCUAACAGCACUGUACUUCUCAUUCAAUAUUUUCUCUACAUCACUCUGCUGUUUAAGGCUAUAUUUAAGAGGAAUAUAUUUUACGAAAUGAUUUGGCUUAAUAGACUACCGUUGAAGACUGUAUUCAGUUGUAGGUAGCGCAGUUAGGAAACAUUUUCCAAGAGGAAGCUGUCCAAUCAAUUAUUUCACCAUGCAAGCUAAUUGUAAGGGGAGAAAUUAAUUGACAAUUUCUAUAAACAUUUGGACAGAUAUCUUGGAGCUCUCAGCUUAUUUUUAGAAAAAGUUUAACCCACUAAAGCUGGCGCUAUUAAUUUCAGGACUCUGGUGUUGACGAUGUCUUAACAAACAGUACAUUUAAUGCCAGUCGCCGGUCAAUCAGUCCCUCAGGUUCUAAACGCAUAACACGCUCUCCCUCCCCAUCACGCCGCAAACUUACCAGCACGCCUAGAGCUGAUGAUACACUUGUCAAUCAUGAGAAACCUUUUCUUGUGCGCCACAAGGAAGAGAGAUUGUUGGAAAAUCGUGACUUUACUUCUUUUACUCGUCCAAAGCCUCGACGAUCAAGGUCCAAGUCACCCACCAGGAGACCACGAUCAACUUCCCCAUCCCAUCUUGGAAUGUCCAGUGUGCAGCCAUUGCCAGGUUGGUGA